AACCUCAUUUCGUUUUCUUUGUAUUUUUGUUUCUCGAGCUGAGAAUGAACGUUUCAUACUCUUAGCACCUUCUCAUCUUUUCUUUUUUCUGAAUAUUGUUUUGGAUUUUUGAUUUGUGCCCCUUUCUUUUGCCAGAAAGAAAUAGAGAUAUGGAAAGGGAGAACAACAACAGCAAGAGAAGAAGAGAGGGAGAUCAAGAGGCUAAGGACUCGGCUAAAAAGCAACAUCAUAAUAUUGAUAUAAACAAACAGCAGCAGCAGCAGGAGCAGGAGGCGUAUGAAUCCUCAUCAGACAAUUAUUUGGGAUUAGGAGUGUUUGAGUUUCCCUGGCUUAACGAAAGUAUGAUCUCUAAAUCAGAAGAAUGGUAUUUUGAGGACUCGUUUUCCUUGUGUGAUCUCCACGACACUAGUGCUUGCACAACAGCAGCUGCUGCAUCGCCUGAGUUUUCUGGCCAAUGCUUGUCUGAAACGUGCAUGGAAUCCCUACAUAUUCCUUUGGAAAAGUUUGAGGAAUGCGUAUGGUCCUUGGAAAUGGAUCAGGGUGUGGAGUGCACCUGGGGCUCCUUGCACAAAAGUGAGCAGCAAAAUCGACCUUGUACACUUUAGGCAGCUACCAAAAAUCAUUUGUUCCAUCUCUUUAUUAUUUUUCUUCUUUCUCAUACUCUUACUGCAUGUCUCUCUAGCAUUUGUCUAAAUUGGUGACCACAAAAACAAUUAGGAUGUCUUCACUUGACCAUUUUCUUUGCUGCUCAAUACAAUUGUUGUGUAAAAUUUAUUCCCUUGGAUUGUUUGUAUGCAUAUGCAUCGAAUAAUAUGUAAAACUAGCUAGUCGCCUUUCCUUUUGCA